AAUCGCUUUCUCUUGUUUGCAUAACACAGCUGGAAAGAAGGAUGGCGGAUGCUGGAAAUAAAGAGUCAGCGCCGAUUGGAGGAGAUGAAUUUACCAACACAGAGUUGGAGAAUAACAAGAAUAACACGAUGGUGGAGGAAGGAUCCACUCUGCUGCGGAGAAUGGAGAUCAGUGUGGCCGAGGCAGAGAAAAGAACUGGGAAAAAUACAGUGAACAUGCAAGAGAUAUUCACAGUGUACCUCAUAGAAACUCGACCCAUAGAUGCAAUAACAGAAGGCCAUAACCCAGCCCCAGACUCUCUCUGGAGGAGAUACAGUGAGUUUGAGAUCCUCCGGAACUAUUUGUUAGUCACCUAUCCAUUUAUCGUGGUGCCGCCUUUGCCAGAGAAGAGGGCAGAGUUUGUUUGGCACAAGCUGUCUGCAGACAACAUGGACCCAGACUUUGUAGAGAGGCGCAGGGUUGGUCUGGAGAACUUUCUACUUCGCGUGGCCUCCCAUUCGGUUCUGUCCAAUGACAAAAUCCUAUACCACUUCCUGACUGAGGAACACAGGUGGAAGGAGGUGGUGUAUGAGACAGGGUUCCAAGCCAAGGCAGACUCCAGGAUUAAAGCUCUGAGCGCAACUUUCAGGGUGAAGAACCCUGACAAGCGGUUCACAGAGAUGAAACACUACAGCGAUGAGCUUCAGUCUCUCACCUCCCAGCUGCUCAGAGUCAGAGCAAGAGUAGCAGACAGGCUCUACGGCGUAUACAAAGUCCAUGGGAACUACGGAAGAGUAUUCAGUGAGUGGAGUGCCUUAGAGAAGGAGAUGGGAGAUGGUCUACAGAGUGCAGGACACCAUAUGGAUGCCUAUGCUGCCUCAGUAGAUGAUAUGUUGGAGGAAGAGGAGCACUACGCAGACCAACUGAAGGAAUACCUUUUCUAUGCUGAAGCCUUAAGGGCUGUGUGUAGGAAACACGAGCUGACCCAGUAUGAGCUGGAGACGGCCUCCUCAGACCUCAUCUCCAAGAAGCAGCAACGGGAGGAGCUGGCCACUGGGAUGGUACGGACGUUCUCCUUCAAAGGAAUGACCAACAAGCUGUUUGGUCAGGAGACACCAGAGCAGAGGGAGGCUAAACUCAGCCUACUAGAGGAGCAGAUCGUCCAGGGAGAGGAGACGGUCACAGAGAAAACAGUGGAGUGCGAGGAGUAUGUGAAGGGUGCGUGGGUGGACAUGCAGCGCUUCAAGGAGCAGAAGGACAGGGAUCUGAGGGAGGCUCUGAUUGGCUACGCCGUCAUGCAGAUCAGCAUGUGUAAGAAGGGCAUUCAAGUGUGGACCAAUGCUAAGGAAUGUUUCCACAAGAUGUAAGGGGGUCGGGCCGUGGGUCAGCGACGACGUCUAUGGUACGAGUGUACAACAACUUCACCUCUUGACCUUCACAUGGAAACAGAACCACUGUUGUCAUGGCAACAAGCCCCAGCUGACAUGAAGUUACAGGGCUGCGUCUCAGUACUCAGUCCAAUACUGGCUGCAUCUCAGUACUCAGUCCAAUACUGGCUGAGUCUCAGUACUCAGUCCAAUACUGGCUGAGUCUCAGUACUCAGUCCAAUACUGGCUGUGUCUCAGUACUCAGUCCAAGCCUUUCAAGACAUGAGAUGCAGUCCGGGACUAUAUUUUAUAAUGAGAUAUAAGGCACAAACAUAUCCCCUUGUGUUGGUUUAUUAAGAGAACGUGUGUGUAGUAUCAGCAGGAUAAAGGUUGUUUAUUAAGAGAACGUGUGUGUAGUAUCAGCAGGAUAAAGGUUGUAUGGUGAGAGAACAUGUGUGUAGUAUCAGCAGGAUAAAGGUUGUUUAUUAAGAGAACGUGUGUGUAGUAUCAGCAGGAUAAAGGUUGUUUAUUAAGAGAACGUGUGUGUAGUAUCAGCAGGAUAAAGGUUGUUUAUUAAGAGGACGUGUGUGUAGUAUCAGCAGGAUAAAGGUUGUUUAUUAAGAGAACGUGUGUGUAGUAUCAGCAGGAUAUAGGUUGUUUAUUAAGAGGACGUGUGUGUAGUAUCAGCAGGAUAAAGGUUGUUUAUUAAGAGAACGUGUGUGUAGUAUCAGCAGGAUAAAGGUUGUAUGGUGAGAGUGUAGCACAUGGGGGAUGUGGGAAACUUACUCCUCAGCCUGGAGUGUCACCACUUGUGCAGCCGAGUUGUUAACGCUUCGAUGGCGCCGACUGGUAAGACGCUUCGGGAGGGCGGUCACGUGUGCUAGCGAAGCAGAUGUCCUGGGUUCGAGCGUCCGUGUGAGCCCGAUCAGGAGGAGACGGUACUCGCUAAGUAAGCAGCGUGACGUCAGUUAUCAGAAUGCUGCUGUUACCUUGGUUUACCUCUAUGAACUGAACUGGAAAAAAAACUGAAUCAACUGUCAAAGGACUUCUGGCCUUUUCUCUGCUUAAAGCACAUGAUAUCAUAAUGUCUGGUAUGUGAAUAUUGAAUAAGAUAUUAUUUCAGAAAAUGUCAAGGUACAUGUAUAUAAGAAUAUUAUAUACUUUGACGUGUCCAUCUAUUUAAAUAUUUUAACAACAGUGAACACUAACCUGGUGUUUGUUGGUUGAAGCCAAAAUAUUAACUUACUAAUUUAAUCAUGGUUUCUCAAAGAAAACAUCCUAUUUCUACAUUGUGACUCGCAGUAAUAAUGUGAUUUAAGGUCAGAUUUGAUCAUCAUUCGUGUACAUUCUUAUCCAAGUUGAACUGAGAUAACAGUCAUACUGCAUUGUAUAUUCAGCUUUAUGGUUUUAAUAAAAAAUAUUGUCUUCUA